CUAUAUUAGCUCACUUUUUAAGUUAAAUUUUUGGCCAUUGCUAUUACUUUUACGUACGAAAGUGAUAUUUCGUCAAAUUUCAAGUCCCGUAAUUCUCAAAGAUUUGUAUUUGUUGCCUCUACUAUAACUAUAUAUGCAAUAUUAUUAAUAAUUUCUGUAGCUUGUCUAUAUACAUGCCUGAAUCAUGAUUAGGCUGAAACGAAACCCCUUUAGUCAACUCACACAAAGGCAACGGCGUAAUCGUUUAAAUGACCGUAGAAUGGCGAGGCAUGCCGAUGCUAAUCCUUAUUUACGUUGCAAUAUCGUCAAUAAUGAUAGUUCUGAGGAAAUAUCUUUGAAUAAUGGAAACGUCAUAGCAUCUAUUUUACCAAAUGACAGUCCUCCUCACGAACCGCAAAGUUCGGUUACUUGGAAUAACUUAGCUCACGAGGCGAAAGAUAAUUCUUCCGAAUAUGAGUGUUCAGAUUCAGAUGCUGUCUGUGAAGACGAUAGUAACAGUCAGUCUAUGGGUGAAGAAGGCAGUAUUCGAUUAAAAAAUUGCUUUCGAACACAGUUAGCUGAUUGUUUUAUUGAGAAUAACAUCAACAAUGUCCAGGCGAACUCAAUACUUACAGUUCUCAGAUCACAUCGCUGUUUGGCCUCUCUUCCACAAGAUGUAAGAACAUUGAUUGGGACUUGCAAUCGUCGCGUUGAAUUGAUUGAUGUUGAACCCGGAAAAUAUUGGCAUGUGUCUAUUAUGGGAAGGGUAAGCCAAAAGACCCGAACAAUUUCUUUAAAAUGUUCACAAAUGAAGUCCAAGAGGUUUUCGCCAGCGGUGGUAUCCAUUUCAAGAAUCAUUUAGUAAAAAUAAAAUUCAGAUGCUUCAUA